UCAUUGUUUAUAAACAACAAAGAAAGAAAGUACUGUGUGAACGCGAGUGUAAAGUAAAGGCGUAGAACUUAUUGAAUAUCCGUAUGUUUUUAUGCCUGUAAGUCUGUGUUGGAAAUUUGUAGGUGAUGUCAUUGCCAGUUUCAUUAUGUAUCCUACGUAUUGAAUUAAGUGACGAAUUUAGUGAUAAGAAAAGUGACAAAAAUUCAGGACUUUGUGGUGCGAUGGCUGCUGAGAACAUGAAAAGAUAUGGAAGAGGAAGAAGAGAAAUGCGCAAUCUAACUAUUGAAACUUACUCGAAUGAUGGAGAGUCAAGACCCCGCGGAUUAAUUCCCGGGUCAGAAAGCAGAGAGUCGACCCCUUUGUGUCUUCCAGAAGAAGACAGCAAGUCUCGCCGGUCAUGUGAUUCAGAAUCAGAGUCUGCAUACAAGAUCAGAAGUCAGAUUCCAUUUGUCUCUGGGAAUCCUUUUGUAGAAGUUACGAAAGGAAUUUUACACUUAUAUAAAGAGAAUGAACUCACAUCAAUGGAACGAGCAUCCCAGCGCAGCCAGACCAUAUGCAUUCUUGCAGUACCGGCAACCAUGACCUGCCAUGAUCUCCUUACCUUCACUGCAGCAUGUCAUGCAGACAUUCAGCAUCUUAGAAUUGUUCGAGAUGGCUCUCCAAAUCAAUACAUGGCACUUCUUACAUUCCGUACUCAGCAAGCAGCUGCCGAGUUCUACACGUCAUUCAAUGGUGUGCCCUUUAAUUCUCUGGAACCUGACUGCUGCUGCCAUCUGGUGUUUGUGUCUCACGUUGAGCUUGUAUGUGAAGGGGGAAGUGAAGGUGAACUGGCUCCACCUCCUUCACAUACUGAACUGCCCACAUGCCCAGUUUGUCUCGAGCGAAUGGAUGAGAGUGUCGACGGCAUAUUGACAAUUCUGUGCAACCAUUCCUUCCAUGGUAGUUGUCUGGCUAAAUGGGGAGACACAAGUUGUCCCGUGUGUCGGUAUGUGCAGACACCAGAAUUAGUGGCUGACAACCGUUGCCUCGAGUGCCGGUCAGCAGAUUCAUUGUGGAUAUGCCUUAUAUGUGGGCAUGUGGGGUGUGGAAGAUACGUUCAAGGUCAUGCAUUUGAGCAUUAUCAGCAAACUCAGCACUGCUAUGCAAUGCAACUGGGGAACAAUCGUGUUUGGGAUUAUGUAGGAGACAAUUUUGUUCAUCGUUUACUGCAGAAUAAGGGAGAUGGAAAAUUAGUUGAGGGCACGUCUCCCGACAAGGAAGAGUGUGAAGAAAAGAUGGACUCUGUUCAGCUGGAAUUUACAUACCUCCUGACAUCACAGCUGGAUUCACAGAGGCUUUAUUUUGAAGAUAAACUAGCUCAUAUAGAGCAGCAAGCAUACUUGGAGGCAUCUGAACUGAAGGAAAAGAUCAGUAAACUUUCUGAGGAAAAUGCUCGGCUCCAGACAAAGUUGGCAACCCUGACACGAGAGAAACAAGCUAUGGAUAAAAAGCUAUCUCAAGCGAAUGCUCGAGCAGUAGCAGCAAGAGCUGAGCUCCUGGAGGAACGCCAGAUGGGAAAAGCAUUGCGAGAAAAUCAGGCUGCCUGGCAGGACAAAUUCCAGCAGCUGGAGAAACAGUUUUCAACUUACCGAGAAGAAAAGGACAAGGAACUUGCUGAGGUACGUGAGCAACUGAGAGAUGUAAUGUUCUACCUUGAAGCCCAGAAGCAGAUAUCAGAGUCGUCCGACCGUGAUGAAAUAGCAGAGGGGCAAAUAGUUGUGCCAGAGCCAUCUACAGCAGCUUCUCGUGGAGGAAGCACAGCGAGCCGACAUGGUCGGCAUAGGCGCAAGCAUCGCUAACUCGAGACUUUUGCUGCAUUUUGGGACCAUUUGUGUACUUUAAGUGUUGCAUCAGAUGAUGUAUUUAAACAACUGAAGGUGAUGCCUGUUGCUAUCAUGUCCCUUCUUAUAUUGCAAAACAGUGAUCCCCACUAUGCAAUGUGAUUUACUUAAGUUUUCGUUAUGUACUUGAGUAAAUCUGUUUCCUACAAUUUGAAGGCCUAUAAAUUAUAACUGAUCUAGAAAAUUACUUCUGGCCUUCAUGCAUACUGCAGCAUACAGCUUGAGAUUAUGAAUGUGAUUACAACUUUCAAUUUUCUGCACGAUAGAGAGGACUACACACAGUUGUGGGGAAAAAGCACUAACAUUUGUGUGGAAACUAUAUGUAGAAUAAAAUAAUCAAGGAAAACAUUUUACUGCCCUUUUAAUAUCCAAAUUAAAGUUAGGACAGUCGUUGGUGUUGUAACAACUCUGCUGCCCAUAAGUUCCAUUUUUGAAUCCUAUGAUAAAAGCUUACUGUGAUAUAUUUAUUGAUAAUAACUGUUGCCAUUCAAGCAUAAGUAGCUGUAAAAGAUUUCCUUCUGCGAUGACGUAUAUCGAAAUACAAGUGUUAAAAGAAAAGCUAUGUAAAAUACUGCAAAGAUCUAGAUUGUUGGUUCAGACUUGUUUUAAGUGGAGGAAGUGUUAGUCAUUUGUUGCCAUCAAUAUACAAAUUUAAAGUUCAUGGACUCAAACUAGCUAACUGAAAUGGUCACAGAGUAAAAUGAAAACUACGCUUCACGUCCAUGAGAUCAUUUAGUUACUCCAUGCAUUGUAAAGAUGCAAUUUCUUUUCUGAAUGCAGGUAUACUAUACCAUUUAACUUUGUUAGUUCCCUCUUGAUAUACAGAAAGUUUUGAUUCUUCAUCUAGCUUACAGUAAGGUUUACUAAUGAGCUUGAAAGUAAGGAGCUUCAAGCCCAUUGUACGUGUGUUUUGCUACUUACCCUGAUGUUGCACAUUUUUAAAUUAACAGAAAACAAUCUGUAUCUCAACUGCAAUAGGGUUUACUAUAUCAGAAAUAUUAUGUAUUGUGUACAUUAUUAUAAAUUGUCUUACUGCAUGUAGUUCUCGUAAGGACUGUGUAGUAUAGGUAUUCUUAUGUAUAUAUCAUUUAUUAUAUGUAAAUAAUGUGAGGCCCUGGAUGUUUUGUACGUGUAAAAGUUUUAGAAAAAAAAUAAAAUCUUGUUCUCAAUU